CUCUGAUCAUUUUUUCUUGACCCAAAGAAAAUGAUAAGCCUACGAAAAAAAAAACCCUAAAGCGGUUCCGAUUAAAUUUGCUCCCGAGGAAAAUCCCAGGUGUAUAGACGUGGCUGAUUAGAGAGAUAAGGAAUUGACCAAGAUGCAAGCUUACCCCGUUUAGCUAUAAAAGACUUAAGCCUUGGCCAAGAAGCUUCAGUUGAAAUCACCAUGAAGUUCAUUUGUGCAUCAGUACUACUACUAUCCGCCGUACUCGGCACCAAUGCCGUGGACUGGCAGUCCUUGAAAUCGCUGGACAUUGAGCCCAAAGUGCCCAUGAUCCGUCGUCAUAAUGCGCCCGCUGGACGUAUUACGAGAGGCGAAACCGCUGCACGCAAUCAGUUCCCCUACCAGGCGGGUCUCAUGCUCUACACUCCCGACGGUGCUGCCUGGUGCGGAGGUACCCUGAUCAGCACCCGACAUGUGGUUACCGCCGCUCACUGCACGGACAAUCUGACCUCUGGUGUGGAUGUCUAUCUGGGCGCCUGGGAUCGCACCAACGCGAAGGAGGAGGGCCAGCAGAUCAUCUUUGUGGAGAAGAAGUACGUGAUUGUUCAUGAGGCGUGGGACAACAAAACCCUCAAGAACGACAUUUCCAUCAUUAAGCUGCCCGUGCCCAUUGAAUUCAACCAGUUCAUUCAGCCCGCCAAGCUGCCCGUCAAGUCCGACAACUACGAAAACUACGCUGGGGAGCAGGCUGUUGCCUCCGGCUGGGGCAAGGUCGCCGACUCCGAGAGAGGAGCCACCAACAUCUUGCAAUAUAUUUAUGUGCCCAUCAUGAGGAACGCGGGCUGCUCUCCCUGGUUCGUCGGCUCUGUGACCAGCACCAACAUCUGCAUCAAGACAACCGGCGGCAUUUCCACCUGCAACGGUGACUCUGGUGGUCCUUUGGUUCUUGCCGAUGGCAGCAACACCUUGAUUGGUGCCACCUCCUACGGAAUUGCUCUGGGCUGCGAGGUUGGCUGGCCAGGUGUCUUCACCCGCAUCACCUCCUAUCUGGACUGGAUCGAGGAGCACACCGGUGUGGUUAACAAGGGCUUAUAAAUGUAAAAUAUUGCCUUAGAAAAGAUUGCGGAAGAGCAGUCGAAAUAUAUUGAUUCAAAAGCAUAAAAA